AUGGCGCUAAUACCACUUUCUCAAGAUCUGGCUGAUAUACUAGCACCGUACUUACCGACACCACCGGACUCAUCCGCACGCCUGCCGUUUGUCACGCUGACGUAUGCGCAGUCCCUAGAUGCUCGUAUCGCGAAGCAAAAGGGUGAAAGGACGGUUAUUUCGCAUGAGGAGACCAAGACAAUGACGCAUUAUCUACGCUACCAUCAUAGCGGCAUCCUGAUUGGCUCGGGCACAGCCCUUGCGGACGACCCGGGUCUCAAUUGCCGGUGGACACCUGCAGCGGACGGGGCGGAUUGCACCGAACAGUCUUCACCACGACCCAUUAUCUUGGAUGUUCGGGGCAGAUGGAGAUACCGCGGGUCCAAAAUAGAGUAUCUGCAUAACCUUGGCAAGGGGAAGGCGCCCAUAGUGGUCACGGGGGGUGAGCCGGAGGUCCGCGAACUAGGCGUCAGUUACCUGCAGCUGGGUGUCGACGAGGGUGGCCGCUUGAAUUGGGGCGAGUUGUUUGAGCGACUCUAUUCUGAGCACCACCUGGAAAGUGUCAUGGUCGAAGGCGGCGCGGAGGUGCUCAACCAGCUGCUGCUGCGCCCAGAUAUUGUGGACAGUCUGGUGAUCACGAUAGGAUCCAAGUUCCUGGGCUCACUAGGUGUUGCGGUCUCACCAGCUGAGGAGGUGAACCUAGAGCAUGUGAACUGGUGGCACGGAACAAGUGACAGUGUUUUGUGCGGCCGGCUCGCAUAG